UAGUUUCCUACUAUUAUAUCCAGCAAAAUAGAUUCAUAAGAGUGACAAUUUUUUUUCCGUGAAUCUAAUCGAAAGCAGUAUGGUUCAAUGGAAUUGAAGCUAUGUCAAUCCUCUCUUCCAUUUCUUAAAUACUCUUCAUUUAGAGCUAACUCCAUAUACAAGCACUUCAGUUUACUUCCUAAGAGGUGUAGAUAUCAUAUUCAGGAGCUUUUCUCAAAUAGUCAAUACUUGAACAUUUCCAAGCAAUUGUUGGUUCAUGUGGUGAAAGAGAGGGAUGAAACUUUGGCUUCACUUUCAAAGUUAUAUGGGUUGCCUAUUUAUGAUAUUGGCGCUGCUAAUAAGGAAAUUAUUGAUGUUGACCUUGUCUUUGAGGGGCAACAUGCCAAUAUCCCUUCCUAUGUUACAGCUUAUUUACAAACGAAUCAACGAGAGAAGAUCAGAUUACCUAAAAUUGAUGUGUCUGAAACAAACCGACGCUUCAAAUUCUGUGGCAAAGACAUCAACCACAAGAUGUUAUAUGUGCUUUCAUGCCGUCAUUUACCAUAUGCUAAAACCAGUGGUUAUUUUCUAGUUCUGGCUCCUCUGCUAGGCUUUUGCAUCAAAUGCAUAAUGGAUGCCUUUAACCAUAGAGUUGCUAGAAAUAAAUUGCAAGAUGUUCGUCAGGCAUCUGGAAGCAUGAGAUGGAAAUUAGCUCUUCGCGAUUUGAGCGAUCCAGAUGCAUUAUAUUCUGAUUCAAGACCUGAAAUUGAUAAUGUCACCGAUGAUAGAGAACAUCUCCAAUCUGAAGAGCUUUCACGUUCUUAUGCAAAACUGGACCAUGAUUAUCAGAAGUUCUUAUCGGAAUGUGGGAUGAGUAAAUGCAGCUACUGGCGUGGUGGUUCGGAUGAAUAAGAAUUCUGGAGUAUGUCUGUUGCUUUACGAAUUACAAUUCUCUCCAUUUAUUGAUCAAUGUAUAUAAAGCAGGUUAAUGGUGAAUGUAUAUAGUACAAAGCUCAAUUUGUCAAAUAGCAUUGCCUAGAUGAAAUCAUGGAAAUAUGUUUGAUUUUCCA